CCGGACUCUCCACCAAAGGCAGGGGCCUACGGCUGCAUUGGCGUGCUCACAUGGUGUGCCACGGGCUCCGCACGGCGGGACCAGGCGCAUGGGUGCUCGACCGCGUCCCUGGGCGGCUGCCGUCGUGUCAUCACCGCGAGGCAGGGCCCGCCGUCGCAAUCACAGGUCGCAGCUUGCAUCGGAGCGAGAGCCUGCUGAAAGCGCCAGCAGCACGCUUGUGAGCCUCAUGCGGCUGCGGCCGGCUCCGAACGGCGCUGCGGUUGGCGCAGCGAGGCCGAGGCCGCGGGCACGCGACGCGUUGCGAGACUCGCUCUCGCGUCGGGUGCUGAUGGCCUCUCUCUCAGCGCGGAUGCAAAGUCUCGUCGGUCUUGUGCCGCUUGAGUCGCAAUACCGUGCAGCUCGCUCUCCUUCCUUUGUUCGUAAAUGAAGAGGUCAUCCCGAUCCGCCCUGCCCGUUGUCUUCUGGCGAAAUUCUCACCCUCUCGGCCUCCGGUCGCGCGAUGUCUUCGAGCCUGGACAGCGGUGCGGUGCGCGUUGAAGUGAUCAUCUGGUGCCUCACGACGAACGAGCGGGCCACUCGUUGGGCGUGAUUCGUAUUUGUUGUACCUCGCUCCUGCUCCUCU